AUGGCCGCUUCCCUGCAGGUCUCGCCGCGGAUACAGGAAGUCCGGGACCUGGCGAAACAGGACCCUUCGAAAGCCGCCAGCAGUUAUCAGCAGAUCCUCUCAGAUGGCCCGGGGUCGACAGAGGCAUCAUCGCGAGACUAUGAGCAGGCUUUGAUUGGACUCGGUCAGCUUUAUCGGGAUGACCAGAAGCCACAAGAGAUUGCAGACCUCAUCAAGACCAGCCGGGACACCUUUUCGUCAUUUGCCAAAGCGAAGACUGCCAAGCUGGUUCGUCAACUUUUGGACCUUAUCAGCGAAAUCCCCAAGACCCUCGAUCUUCAAGUUGCCGUGAUCCAAUCAUGCAUAGAGUGGGCUAUUGCUGAGCGGCGUUCAUUCCUGCGACAGAACCUCCAAGCACGCCUAGUCGCGAUCUAUAUGGAGAAGAAAACUUAUUACGAUGCUCUCACCCUCAUCAACUCUUUGCUGCGCGAGCUUAAACGCCUGGAUGAUAAGCUCAUGUUGGUAGAGGUGCAGCUGCUCGAGUCGCGGGUAUACCAUGCCCUGGGCAACCAGGCGAAGGCACGUGCUGCCCUAACCGCUGCGCGGACAUCGGCUGCGUCUGUCUACACACCACCCAAUUUGCAGGCUGGAUUGGAUAUGCAGAGCGGCCAGCUGCAUGCGGAGGACAAGGACUUCAACACUGCAUUCUCCUACUUUAUUGAGGCAUUGGAGGGAUAUAACUCGCUUGACGAAGGGGAGUUGGCCACAGCUGCUUUGCAGUACAUGCUGCUGUGCAAGAUUAUGCUAAAUCUAGUUGAUGAUGUCACCCAACUUCUGGGCUCAAAACAGGCCCAGAAGUAUGCCAGCCCGCGUCUGGAGGCUAUGAAGGCCGUGGCGCGAGCUCACGCCAAUCGCUCCUUGGAAGAAUAUGAGAAAGCCCUCUCAGACUACCGGUUCGAACUCGGCGGCGACGUCUUCAUCCGAAAUCAUCUUCGCCGCCUCUAUGACGCCAUGCUGGAGCAGAACUUGAUCAAGGUCAUUGAGCCCUUCAGUCGCGUGGAGUUGGACCAUGUUGCCAAAAUGGUUGGCCUGGAUACACAGCAGGUGGAGCGGAAGCUGUCGCAGAUGAUCCUAGAUAAAGUAAUCAUCGGUGUAUUGGACCAGGGCUCGGGUUGUCUGAUUGUGUACGAUGAGACUUCGCGUGAUCAAGCGUACGAUGCUGCGCUGGAAACGAUCGAGAAGCUCAGCAAUGUGGUGGAGGGACUGUAUACUAACCAGGCGUCACUUCUGGAAUAG